GUCUCGCGUUACUACAGCAUAGUCUUUAGGUGCUUUACUUUUUACUGAGGUACAUCACCAUGGUAACUGUACUGGCAGUCGGUCGGUGACAGAAUGUAAUGACGUCACUAAUAUGUAACGAUGUAACGAAACAUCAAAGGUGGCAACAUUCUUUAUUCUGGUUCUAAAGUCUGUAGAUACUGCUGCAAACUCAGACAAGAGAUAAAGGGGUUUGAAUCGAGAUUCACUUGUUCAGAUAAAGAUUCAGGAGAGAAAAAUCCAAAAACCAAGAUGCCAAAGAGAAAGACCAACGGCAAAAAGAAGAUCAAAGUUGAAGGAGUGAGGGUCGCUGAGCUGCCCCAUCCUUCCAGGAUCUCAGCUGAUGAUCCAUGCAUGGUCAGAGGACAAAAGCAGAAGUUCUCGGAUGAUGAUGAGGGAUCAUCCAGACCAGCAAAAAAAAUUAAACUUUUUCACCACGUGCACAGUGACGAGGAGCAAGCAUCCUCCUCUGUGGAAACCAGUAAAGAUCCAAAAACCAAGAUGCCAAAGAGAAAGACCAACGGCAAAAAGAAGAUCAAAGUUGAAGGAGUGAGGGUCGCUGAGCUGCCCCAUCCUUCCAGGAUCUCAGCUGAUGAUCCAUGCAUGGUCAGAGGACAAAAGCAGAAGUUCUCGGAUGAUGAUGAGGGAUCAUCCAGACCAGCAAAAAAAAUUAAACUUUUUCACCACGUGCACAGUGACGAGGAGCAAGCAUCCUCCUCUGUGGAAACCAGUAAAGAUCCAAAAACCACAAUGCCAAAAAGAAAGACCAACGGCAAAAAGAAGAUCAAAGUUGAAGGAGUGAGGGUCGCUGAGCUGCCCCAUCCUUCCAGGAUCUCAGCUGAUGAUCCAUGCAUGGUCAGAGGACAAAAGCGGAAGUUCUCGGAUGAUGAUGAGGGAUCAUCCAGACCAGCAAAAAAAAUUAAACUUUUUCACCACGUGCACAGUGACGAGGAGCAAGCAUCCUCCUCCGUGGAAACCAGUAAAGAUCCAAAAACCACAAUGCCAAAAAGAAAAACCAACGGCAAAAAGAAGAUCAAAAUUGAAGAAAUGAGGGUCGCUGAGCUGCCCCAUCCUUCCAGGAUCUCAGCUGAUGAUCCAUGCAUGGUCAGAGGACAAAAGCGGAAGUUGUCAGAUGAUGAUGAGGGAUCAUCCAGACCAGCAAAAAAAAUUAAACUUUUUCACCAUGUGCACACUGAUGGGGAGCAAGCAAUUUUAGAGAUCUCCACUGAUGUAAAAGAAAAGGUGUGCAAGAGGAAAGCCACGGGUGAUGGAAAAGAGUCACCCCCAAAGAAACCCAAACGUAGCACCAAAAAAAUAGUGGCUGCAAAAAGGCGUGAAUUUAAAGCCAAAUAUGUUGAGAAGGACGAACUUGGAGAAGGAGGGUGUGGAACAGUGUUUGCUGGCUACAGGAAAGAAGAUAAAUUUCCAGUCGCUAUCAAACACAUUCCAAGGAGUAAUGUCCACUGCAAAGUAAAGGAUGAGAAUGGGAAGCGCAUCUCUGUGGAAGUGGCUACUAUGCUCAAACUUACACCUGAAACACCACGAUCAGGGAGGACAUCAGCAGCCGUGUCCUUGCUGGAUUGGUUCGAUUUGCGCAAGGAGCUGAUCCUGGUGAUGGAGAGACCUGUCCCUGCUGUGGACCUAUGGGAAUACAUCGAGGAAAAUGGAGGUACUUUAACAGAGGAGACAGCCAAGGUAAGCCAUUCUAAACAACUGAUUGAGGCUGCAAAAGAACUCGAGGAUAAAAACAUCUUUCACCGGGACAUCAAGAUUGAGAACAUUCUGAUUGAGACCGGCUCAGAUGUGCCUCGUGUUCGCCUAAUUGACUUUGGAAUGAGCUGCUUUUUUAAGAAACGCUCAUGGUACCGCAUUUUUCUGGUAAGAUAUUCUGUUCCUCCUUCUCUUCACAGAUGCACCAAUCUGGGCCUUUUUGUUUUGACUCCUUAAAAAUGCAUAUAAUGCCAACAUAAGCUUUCAUUCUUAUAUCAGAACAAGAGUUGAAAUAAGGGCCAACCUAACAAAAGAAAUUAUAAUUGUGUAUGUUUUUUAGGCACACCUUCUUACUGCCCUCCAGAAUGGUACCUCCGCCAGUACUAUAGGCCUGGACCCACCACAGUGUGGCAGCUGGGAGCGGUGUUGUAUGAAACACUCCAUGCAAGACCCUUCUUUGAUACAAUACUGGUCCUCAACGAGCUCUUAGAAAUUAGCGAGGAGCUGUCUGAAAACUGCCAGGAUUUCUUGAAAAUGUGUUUAGACCUGGACCCCAAAAGGCGCCCGAUACUGGAGGACCUCCUGCUUCACCGCUGGUUCAGGUGAACGGCCAUACAUAUAGACAACAAAAUGUUUUUGACAGAAAAAGAUUGAUGCUAUUUAAUUGGACUAGUCUAAAUUUCACUCAAAUUGCCCAGUACCAGUCAAAAGUUUAAACUGGGACUUUACAUCAAUCGUCAUUUUCUGUCCUGGAACUCUUGUAACCCCCCAGCCAUCCAGGGAAAGGGGGAUCUCUCUUUGAAUUGCCUUUCCCGAGGUUUCUUCCUAUCAGUCAGGGGAGUUUUUCCUCGUCUUCAGAGAGAGCUUGGGCUGGUCAGGAGUUCCAUCAAGUUAUUCUACUGAUUUAUUAAUGUUAUUUGAUUAUUAAUAUUAUUUGAUUAUUAAUAACCGAAUGUUGGCUCUGGUUAUUAAUAAUCAAUUAACAAAUAAACUGUAGA